ACCAGUGAACAUGAGCAUGAAAAGAGAUGCGGUUCAGAGGCCUGCCCAUUGGAGGAGGAGGAGGAGAAUGUGUUUUUUAUAGGCAGUGAAGCUGGCACACACACAGUGGUGUGGGGGAAAACACACUCUCUGAGCAGAACUAGCACUAAAGGGAUAAAGACGGAGGAGGAGAGUGCCCUUGAGGAGGCUUCAGCAUCAGCCGUUGAUUUCACACCGCCACUGACGACAUCCACAAUGCCAGAAAUGAUAGAAUGCGAGGGAGUGGGAGAGAAGGGAACUGGAGAUUCAGAAAGAGUGAAGACAACAGAGAAAGGAUAUUUAGAUGGAACCACAAAAUCACAGGAAACACAUGAAUCUCUGUGUUCUGAUGGAAAAUGGAGUGAAAGUAUUGCAACAGGAGUGCACUUAUGUUCUCUAAGCUUUCCAGAGAUUAAUAACUCACCUGCAAAGGAAGCUAAGGAGGUAGGAGCAGCAUCUGAGGUGAGAUGGAGCAGCGAAAUGCUACAAAACUCUGAAGAAAAUGAAGGGAAGGGAGGAGGUCUGACAGUUGAUUGCUCCUUGGGGAUGGACUCUCUCUCUGCAGCUGGCAAGAAAAAGACAGGCACAGUCAGUGUUGCGGACAUGACUGUGGUCGCUGCCUCUACACCAGAGUUUAACGACAGACGUGAUUGGAAGAGAAAGAGCUCUGAGUCACUGGAGAAAAGGGGAGAGGGAGGAACAGAGGAGGGGAGAGGGAAAGAAAGGGGUGGAGCAGAGACUUUAUACAGAGAGCAGGCACUGUCCUUGGCAGUGACUAAAUCUUAUUCUCUCCAUGACAACGGAGUGACACUGGUGGAACCACAGCAAAGGGAUGAACUCGUUACUUUGGUCACAGCAGACAUAGCUGACACAGCCUUACCUUUGUUGUCCAGCAGCAAAACAAUUGUCAGCGGCUUGAUCAACCCCUCCUCUCCUGUCUUCCUCUUAAACGCCACAGAAACAGAGAGCAAGGAAGCAUCAGAGAAAGAGGCUCAUCUGAAAGAGAGUUUUAAUGCACUGGGUGAAAACCAGCCAAACAGCGAUUUUUCACAUCUGCAAGCUGCUUCAGCAGAUGGUAAAGAUCUUGCUGUGCAGACCAGCUAUCAACAGGUACAGAAUACUUCAUGGAUUCAAACCGAAAUGAACAGCACCCAACAAAACAAAGCGGGGACAGGAAAAGACACAUGCCAUAAGACUGAAGACAAGCAUUUAUCAUCUACAUCUCAGCUGGACAUGAGGAGCAUCACUGGAAGUUUUAACAAAGUGGAUGGGGGAACUGGGGGCUCUCAAGAUGACAUGCCAUGCCAGGUGACUGGGUUUGCUUCUCUGCCACCACUAACGGUUCAUGAGAAUCUGUGGCACCCAGUAAGUGAGACAAGCUUUAGCUUUCAGGGGUUAUUUAGCAACAGAAAACCAGACCCACCCCAAAAUGCAGCUUAUCCCAUAUGUGAAAGCACCGGUGAGGCUGAGGUGACAGUGGAAAUCAUGACUAUGACUGAAAACCCUGAAAAGCAUAUUGAUGGAAAAAAGGAAAAUGAUUCAAAAGAUAAAAUUACUAAUAACAUUACAAUGAGUGUUGAAGAGUCACUGAAGAUUAUGAGCACUAAUGAUAUGGAGACCUCUGAGAACAAUGCAGUGAACAAAAAUCCUGAUCUGCUUACAACAAACAAAGAAGAGUUUCAAGAAAAGGAUGAAAUUGUACUAAUCACCCAGAGCACCCUGGAGCAUAAACCUUCAUUAGAGGAUACUAAUGAAAAAGGGGUUGAACUGCAGGAUACUAUUAUGGAAGAGGAUGGAAGUGAUAAGAUGGACCUCAUCAGUCUUUCUGACCUCAUUGUGUCUGAUGUAGAGAAAAAACCUGAGGUUGUGCUCACCACCAAAGAAGUGGAUAGAACGGAAGCCAAAUCAGUGGAAUAUGAUGUGAGCAUUCUGAGUGACAGUAUACAGCAGAAGUUAGAGUCGCAAACUUCAGGAAGUGUUUCUCAGGAACACUGCAUAAAAUCUGAAGAAAAACCCCUCUCCUGCACAGAUGUAGACGGCAUGCUGUCCAGUCAAUCUACUGACAGUACAGGCAUAUCCAAGAAGGACCUAAAAUCAAAUACUGAACUACCCAAUUUAAUUUCUAUUGGAUGUCCUCAAGCAAAAUGCGAAGAUCAUAUGAAUGUGCACCAAUAUCAGACCGAUUCCAGUCAUGACACUGGACCAGCUUCAGAAGUUGCCAUGGGCACUGUGAGUACAAAAGAUCCAAAGCUUCCUCCUGCUAUAAACGUAUCUAGUGCAGUGGAAGGGAGCAUACCCUCUGCCAGUGCCAGUAUUCAAAGUGAUACUAAAGUGCCCAUUGUGCUCAGGCCUCCUGGCCCUAUGAUGAGUCACUGGGAGGUCAUUAAUGACUGUAAUGUUUCUCUCCUGGGAGAGGAAAUGCAAUGCAGUCAGGAAGUUAAAGCAGAGAUGAGCAGUACGAUUGUAAAAACUGAUGCAUUAUUAAAAAGAGAAGCUGUGGAGACUACAGGAGAAAAAAUAGAAAAUAAUACCAGCCUUUCCUGUAUGACUGUGUUAAUCCCUGAUAUAACUGUCAUGGCUUCUUCCGUGCAGGAUACCAAGUUAGCAUCUAAAGAAGCGGAAGGUAAUAAUUUGUCUUCAGGUAGCCUACAUGAUGAUGAAAAUACAAAUAAGAGGAUAGAUUUUGUGUUACUUGAGAACUCUAAAGAUGGAAAAUAUGAAAUGGAUGUUGAACAUGGGGCACCUGAGAAACCGUUAUGUAUUGUUCGGGAAGAGGAAACCCUAUCUGCUGCUGAAUGCUCCAAAGUAGAAAACAUGCUGUCAAGAAGGUCUAGUACAGAUAUAUCUCAACAGUACAGUACAGAUAUAUCUCAACAGGACCAGAUAUCAAAUACUAUGAUCUUGGAGGAAUCUUCUCAAGCAAAACCUGUAGAGAACACGAGUGAGCUGCAAUUUCAAACAGAUUUAGGUCAUGACAGUGGAGCAGUCACAGAAGUUGCCAUGAGUGUUGUGUCUACAAAAGACCUUAUGCCUCCUGAAAUAGAUGUAUCUGGCAUGGGGGAAGGGGGAGUUUCAUCUUCCAACAUUCAAAGUGAUCCUAAAGUACCUAUUGUGCUCAAGCAUCCUGGACCUAUGAUGAGUCACUGGGAGGUCAUUAAUGACUGUAAUGUUUCUUUCUCAGAAGAGGAAGCACAAUGCAACUAUAAUAAAAUCAGCACUCUGAACAAUGGAAGUGUUGGUGCAGCAGAUAUGAGAAAUAAGAUUGUGAAAACUGAUAUUGUAGAAAAAUCUGAUGCGCAUUGUGUAUCUGUGGAGACAAAGAGAGAGAAAAACAAAAAUGAUAACAGUUCUUGCUGUCUGAAUGUGUUAAUCCCAGAUAUACUAACGGAUGCUGCUUCUUCCAAGCAGGAUAUCAAGUUAGCUUCUAAAGAAGAAGUGGAAGGUCCUAAUUUAGCACCAGAUAGCUUACAAAGUGAUGAAAAUGCAAAUAAGAUCCAAUCAAGCCAGUCUACAAACAAUACAGGCAUAUUACAACAGAACCAGAAAUCAAAUACUGUGAUCUUGGAGGAAUGUUUCCAAGCAAAACCUGAAGAGAACAUGAGUAAGCUGCAAUCUCAAACAGAUAUAGAACAUGACAGUGGAGCAGUCUCAGAAGCCGCUAUGAGUAUUGUGUCUACAAAAGAUCUCGAACCUCCUGAUUUGGCAGUAUAUGGCAGGAGGGAAGGGAGAAUGUCAUCUUCCAAUAUUCAAAGUGAUCCUGUAGAAACACCCAAUGAGCGUUCUAAACCUGUGCAGACAAAGAGAGAAAAAAUUGAAAAUGAUAACAGCUGUAUGAAUGUGUUAAUCCCGGCUAUAACAACUGCCAUAGCGUCUUCUGUGCAGGAUACCAAGUUAGCAUAUAGAGAAGUGAAAGGUACUAAUUUGGCACCUGGCAGCCUACAUAGUGAUAAAAAAGCAAAUAAGGGGAUUGAUUUUGUGGUACAAGAGGUCCCUGGAAAUGAAAAACCUGAAGUGGAUGUUCUAACAAGGGAACCAGGAAGACAAUUUAGUACUCAUCAUGAAUGGGAUCAAAUCACACAUACAAAAGAUAUAGCAGACACUAGUACUAUAAGACAAGCAACUGAGCAAAAUACAGAUACUCUAAUACUCAUUCCACUACACUGUGAUGAAAGCAAAUUAUAUGAAUGUGAUGCUAUUUCUAAGCCAAAUGCAUCAACAGCAGAUAAAGUUUAUCCUUCAUUUGGCUAUGUCAGCUCUGAAUCAGAGGACAGAAUGGCUGAUAUUCAGUCCUCACCAUCUGCCUAUGCAGACCGGAAUUGCUUUGUUGAGAUAGACACCUCUAUGGCCAAGGAAUGCUGUGCGAUUGAACUUUCCACUGUGAUACCACAACACUCAAGCCCCAAACCUGCUGCCUCUGAAAUCAACCCUGUCCUAAAUCAGGUGCUAAUAGAGGAUACAGGUAGCUUUAAUAAAGAUGAUACUGUUAGAACAAAUAAAACAUAUCAAGAAAAUACUGAAGAAGAAAAUCAGGUGAUUAAGGUGGAACAACUUGAAGAACCAGAGUGUGCAAAUGAUGCUAGCCUAUUCAAAGAACAAACUACUACAGAUGAACUUAAUGUCUCCGAAAAUGAAAUGAAGUGUGAGCAAUCAAUCAACAACUUACAGACAUUGGAGGAUGGACUGUCUGGAAACCUUAAAGAAGAGAGAAACAAAAACAAGCAAACAAACCCUUCAGAUGAACUACAAGAGAGCAAUCAAAAUUUGGAGAAAGAUGUAGAAAAAGUACAAACCAACGUGGAACAAAGGGAGAUAACUGUGGAUCACAGAGAGACAACAGAAGAAAAAAUUACAGAAACAGUGGAAAUGAGAGGUUUGGAGAGGUAUGAUGAUGUUUCACUAAAAGAACCCAAAUUUAGCUGUCCUAGUUAUGAAGCGCAGGCCAAUGGGAUUUUCGAAAGUAGAGCUGAAUCUGAGAACUCCUGUAGUAGUUUUGGGAAAUUGGAAAAUGUCAAGCUGCUGAUGGAUCAUGACAGUAUCAUUACUGAUGAUGAUGCAUGUCUUGAUGGUAAGCAAAAGCAAAGUGAACCCAGUAUCAGACCAACAGGCUUUGGAGAUGUAUCUUCUAUAAUUAAAGACAUUAAUGAAAAUAGUACAAAAGAUAGUAACCAAGAAGAACAGACAGACAAUCAAGCGAAUAAAUUCCUGCGCAUUUCAGCAGCAGCCUUUGACAAUACAGAGCUCAACACUGAGCUGAAAGAAUUGCCAGUGUCUGUCAUUGAAGCGUCACAAGAAAGUGACGGCAAACCUCACUUGGGCAAUACAAGUGAAUCACAGGUCAGUGUGGAUAAACCUGGACGUCUGGAGGAAGUCGUACCUGACCUCUGUAAAGCUGUAGAACUUGCCAGCAAUUUACCCAAACCAUGUGAGAAUUCUAGCACCUCACACCAUGAACCCAAAACAGUGGAUCAGUGUUUCAGUGCUAUCACCUUUGGCAAGAACAAGUGUACUGAGGUGUGUACUAGUGUUCAGACUGAGGCGAUGCUGCCAUCUGUUUACAGAGCUCCUGUUGAGAACGUGGAGCAUGAGAGCGUUAUUGAUGUCUCUCAAGACAUGGACAAUGAAGAACUGAUAAAUAAAGCUCAAAUUCACAAUAUAGAACUCCACUGUUCACCCCUUCAGACUAAAAUCUUGGCUUUGGAGGUGGAGCAACAUAAUGAGGCAUCUCUGGAUCCCAAAUGUUCACAAAACAAAGAGUGGCAUGAUGCACUUGAUCCUGAAGCACAGCAUACUGAGUCACAAGGCUUCACAACAAGUGCAGGAACUGAAGAGGAGGCCAAAAAUAAGAAGACAGCAACAGCUAUUUCAGGAGAGGUCAAGCAGAUGGAGCACAGGAAGGAACAGAUAAGUGAAUGCAAAGAAGAGGGAAGAGAGAAUGAGACAGCAGAAGGCAGGAAACUCACACAGAAGUCUGUAAGGCCUGAGACUAGUGCCGUAGAGUGUGAUCUUAAAGACAUAAGGGAAGGAAAUGAGAGAAAAUUCAAAACAGUGAGUGGUGGUACUGAUCUCAUAAAAUCAAGUGUAAGUGAUGGAUUCCAGACUGAACAGGAAAAAGAGUUGUCAUCAAGUCCCAAACUCACUGCUGUUGCCACGGUGUCAACCUCACAGGACCCUUCCCAGACAUUACUCAAUGCUAAUGCAGACUCUGGUCAUGAGGCUGCCAAUUCCUUUAUUCAGACUAUGCGUGAAAAUGCUUCAGAAGAAUUGAAAAUGGAACAUGGCUCAAAGGUUGGAGACGUGGACUUCACUUUAUUCAGCAAAGUAGUUCAGAAGGAAACAGCUGAUGGCAAUGAAUACACUCAACAAGUAUCAACAGAUGAAAAUAGGUCAGUUCCUAUGAAGACUAGUGCUUUAUUGGAGGAGGAUGUUUCAGAGAGCCCAGGUGCAGCUGUUAGUCCUGUAAUAGAAUUGAAUCAAAAAACAGCCAACACAGAAGAAUCAUAUGAGCGUUCAGACUGGCUCAGAGCACUGAAAGAGGCGGCCUCUAUAUCUCAGGCUCAACAGAAAUAUAAGCUUGAGACGCCUUGUGGAUCUGCAGAUAACAGACCUUUUGAGACUCUUGACAAACCUCAGGCUGAACUAGAGUCUCAUUCCCCUACUAUAGACAGUGACUCUGUAGUAAAGGAGCAGCCAGAGGAACCACCUGACAGCAGGCCAUUGCUGUCAGAAUCAGCUGAUGGGAGUGAGUCUGUCUUUUCCUUCCCCCCACCCCCAGAGGAGGACACAUUACUGCCAGCUCUCCCUGCUCACCUGUUCUGUGAUAGCUCUGAAUUCCCCACCCCGCCACCCACACCCCCAGAGAGCGCUCUUCUAGAGCUCGAACCUGAGACUGCACCCGCUAUUUCUCCCUCUGACCCGGAUCAGGUCCCAAACGCUGCAGAAGUUCUUCCUCAGCUUCAGCACGACCAGGACACAAGUCCUCCAGCCAGGAGCUCAGACUCUGAUGGCACGUUUGAGACUCCUGAAUCCACCACCCCAGUGAAGACCGCAGCCCCUCCACUUCCCUCAGACAAGCAGCCGGAGCCUAUCACAGUCACACAGCCCCUGAUCCCCACAGACACAGACUCCUGUCCUCUGCCUGCCUCUACAGUAGAUGACUGCGCUAGUGAGGUGCUAGAUACUCCUUCUUUCCAUCCUCCCAGUCGCUCUGCUUCCACUGUCUUUGAUGAAGACAAGCCCAUUGCAAGCAGUGGCACCUACAAUAUCGAACACAUCCUUACCACUGAGUCCAUCUCAGCACCAGCAUUUGAUUCGGGCUCAUCAGGGCUAGAGAGUCGUACACCCCUAACCCGCUCACUCAGCUUCCAGUCUGGGGAUUUAGACAGCUCUAGUCCUGGAGAAAGACCUGCAGAGGGAGCCUCUAACAGAUCCACUCAUCCUCGUUCGGAAUCUUUCAGUGUAGGCACAGAGAGCGCCCCUGGGACUCUACGACGGGUCAAAAAGCCUCGACCAGGCUCUUUGAAGAAAAAACCUCUUUCCAGGCAGAACUCAAACCCUGAGAGUGCCACUUCCAGAACUGUCUCAUCCAGCAGUACCCCAGAGGUGAAGAAGAAAGGGAAGCCUCUUGCAGAUGGUCCUCUACAAACACAAGAGGAGAAAGAGUGUCCCUCGGCUUCUCCCAGCUCAAGCCCUGCUGGCACCCUCAGGCGGACCAGAAUCAAGUCUCGAGUAGAGAGUCCUCCACCUGUUGUGGAGGAGAGUAGCCUUGCUCAAGGACCAGUGGCUGCAAAAGCACAGGAAGAGAUUUUGUCAGUUCCUGAAGAGGUCUCCCCCACCCCUCCCAGUGCCACUUACAAAUGGGACCCAGAUAACUUUGAAAACAUUGAUCCCUUUUGCACAGGCGGCAGUAAGCUUGCCAACUCUCCUGUCUUGGGUAGGAAACCUGAUUUUAUCCCUGCCCCUGACCCCACCCCUAUUCCUACAGAGGAGCCCCCUGCUGCUCCUGUACCUCCCUCAGAGAAAACCUUCAGCAUUGAGGAGCAGCCAAUCACCAAGCGGCAGUCAGUCAGACUGGAGUUUGAUUACUCAGAGGAGAGUGGAGAUACACUACAGGACAUUCCUCCGCCUCCCAAAAAACUGGGCAAGAAGCAAGGGGGCAAGAUGCCUCUUAGAAAACCAAAGCUGGGGAUUAAGAAGGCCCCCCCACAACCUGAGCAGUUAGACAACACACCUGCUGCGGUCCAUUUAAAUGACAAUGAUGACAUUCCUAAGUCAUCCUACAACAUUGAUCCUAGCAAAUGGGAUGAUCAUAAUUUUAACCCUUUCUCUGCAGGGAAAGGCAUCCCUAACUCCCCUCCCAAGUCCAGGGCAAGCUACAACUUUGAUCCUAACUCGUUUGAUGACUCCAUUGACCCUUUCAAGCCAUCCACCCAGAUGGGAAAUUCACCUCCAAAAGUGGCAUCUUUAGAAGUGUCCAGCAAUGACAAUGAAAAUGACAAUGACAAUGUUGAUGAGCUGGAGGAUCGAAAUCAGAAUAAGCCAGCCAAAAACAAGAAAAAGCCCCUCAAAUCUAACACAUUUAGAGUGAAGAAGUCACCAAAGAGGUCACCUCUAUCUGAACAGGUUGCACAGGACUCCUCUGGUGAUGCCAUGCCUGAUCACCUUCAGGACCAUGCCACAGAUGAAGAGAAAUUGGCCUCCUCUACCAAUCAGAAAUGGGCAGCUCGGCAUGACUUGCAAGUGGAGUUGACGUCUGACGUCCAGGACUUUCCUCAGCCUUCUGACCUCACUGCCUUCGUCAAUGAGAGCAGCUUACCAGCACAGAGCCAUGACUAUGAGAUUGAAUACAUGGAGAAGAUUGGAACUUCCACUCCACCUUUGUCAGUGAAAAAGCCGUCCCUCUACCUAAAUCUGGAUUCAGUGACAGAUAGUACAAACCAGGGAUCCAGUAUACACCACUCAGGACCCAACUCCCCCUGUACUGGGAGUUUUGAGGAAAUGGAAGCUAAGAUCUCAGUGGAGGGAAAAUCACCUGUGCUGUCGUCUUGUGGAGCCCCAGAGUCUCUAAUACUGGAGAAGAGCAAAAAGAGGGAAGUCCAUUCCCAGAGCUGGACACAAAGCAGUGAGAGAGAUGGAAUGUCCCCCUCUCAAGGCCCUGGGGAGCCCGCAGAUCUAUCCCUCUUAGACAGGCUGAGUGAGUCAGCCACCCCUCUCAGCUACCUGGAGCCUGACCUGGCAGAGACCAACCCCACUGCCUUCGCCCACAAACUGCAGGAAGAGCUAGUCCUUGCAGCUCUGAGGAUUGAGGCUCUGCAGGUAGCCCAAAACAUCUCUCAGAGCCCUUCUCUAUCCACUGUUUCCCCUCAGUCUCGGCUCAAGAAACCCAGCCCACGCCGCUGGAAUCUCAACCGUUCAUCCACAGCUAAAGAGAGAGAGCUGGCCUCCCCUGGAGACAGUGGUGUGUCCAAAAGCUCCCUAUACUCCCGGACGGGAUACAGUGAAGGUGAAAGCCCUUAUCUCCCCCAGGAUAUGGACCAUUCACUGGGCAUAGCGAGAGAAGAGAUUGUUGCCAAGGAAAAAGAAGUGCUGGAAUGGCAGAGAAAGUAUGAGGACAGUCAACAGGAACUUGAAGAGAUGAAGAGAAUAGUUACAGAGUAUGAGAAAACCAUUGCACAAAUGAUUGAUAUUAUUCACAACAAGACCGAAUAGCAGACACUAAUCUCUGAGUCAUAAACAUAUUUACAGAUACACAUACCACUUAAUCUGAUUGAUCUUGGGGAUUGGGGGGUUGUGGAUCAUUUCCAAGCACUGGCUCUCUUACCCUUCACUCCUCAACUUUUGCUCUUGUCUAAUUGUCUUUUACAACAUUAAAUUUUAAUGCUAUUUUUCUAUCCUUCCCCUAUAUUUUAGUCUUUAAUGUUAGAUAUAUAUUUGUGCUGUGAUAUAUAAUAGCUUGUUCAUACACUCUUGCUCACACAUUUGUUUGAGUUGUCAGCCCCAGCAGUAACAGUCUAUUUCUCACUCAGUUCAGCUUUACUUUUCUCCCCUUUUUCCACACCAAGUCUCUUUCUUGCUUAUUCGUUUUGCUUAUGUUAUUUAAUUAUUUCACCACUCACAGACUUUCUUUGAUGUAAAUCUGUGCUUUUGGGUUAUUUUAUCUUGUGACACCUCAGUGGAAGGAAGAGGAUUUCUUUUUAUAUCUCUAACACACUUUCUCCCACAUAUCACUCCCAGCUGGCUUGUUUUAACACAAUCCCUUCUUUCUGUUUGCCUCCCUCCUUUGCCCAUAAAUACCUGAUAAACCAAUCAGGCAUGCCUGGUAAGUAACAAAAGGACUCUUCUUUUUGCCUGUUUGUUUGGCGCCCAAAUACAUCUGGUAGAUCGGGCAAGGUGGAGUCUCUCCAUGCUUGUCUCCUUAUGUGUUUACAUCUCUCUCUCUCCCCCCCCCCCCCCAUUUCUGAAUGUUUAGCUGUUUGUGAUUUCAAAUCCAGGGCAUACUACUCACAUUUCCAGUCCAGACAUGUUAAGGAAACAUAAAACAUAAGGACCAUACUUGACAUGUGCAAUUUUGGAUGUUUCAUAUUCUUCCUGUCUCUCACGAAACUUAGAAGUGGUCCAUAAUUCUUGUGAUAUCAUAGAGUCAGAAGUAUUUCUGAAAGAGUCUCUUGUGUAAAGGGAAGUCAAAUGAUCCUCUGUGGUGGUCUCAUCUGUCUCCCUGUGUCUCUUUGGUUGCCCAUCAUUUAUUGUGUGUCUCGUCUGCAUGCUUCACAGGGGAAAUGCGGUUCAACAGAAUGUCAUCAAAUAUUAGUGAUCAUCAUUAAUGAUCCAAUGCAUAUCAUAUUUUCCAAUUCUGAAUCCAUUUAUAGUGUCUCUAUUGCUGGCCUUCCGUUUGUCUACUCAGUGGGGAUUUGACUGUGUGGAAUUGAGUGUGACUGUGUGUGUGAUAAUUAAUUAUUUAUGACAUUUAGCAGUACUUUUUCACAUCAUUGUCAGUAUUAUGACAUUAAAGCAGGGUUGGCAGCGGUCUCAUCUGUGUGUGUGUGUGUGUGUGUGUGUGUGUGUGUGUGUGUGUGUGUGUGUGUGUGUGUGUGUGUGCGCGUGCGUAUGUACGUA